GCAGCUUUCCUGGUUCAGUGUGGAGGCUGUCUUGCUGUUUUCGGCCUGUCGGACUUCUUUAAAAAAAAGCACCGAAAAAUGACUUUAAUGUUUAUUUAAUCCUUAAAUACUUUGCAGUGAACUGUUGACUUGUCACCAUGAGAAGCAGAAGCAACUCUGGGGUUAAAUUGGACAACUAUUCUCGGAUAGUACAGCAAACUAUCCUGCGGCUCCAAGAUCCAGUAUCGGGUCUUCUGCCAGCCAGCGGCGACCAACCUCACGCCUGGGUCAGAGACAAUGUUUACAGCUGUGUGUCGGUGUGGGCCCUCAGCCUGGCCUACAGGAAGAACGCCGACAGGGACGAGGAUAAGGCCAAGGCCUACGAGCUGGAGCAGAGUGUGGUAAAGCUAAUGAGAGGAGUCCUUCAGUGCAUUAUGAGGCAGCUGGAUAAGUUGGAGAAGUUUAAAUACAGCAAAAGCACCUCAGACUCGCUCCACGCCAAGUACAACACCAGGACCUGCGCCCCCGUUGUCGGAGACGGCGAGUGGGGUCACCUGCAGGUCGACGCCACCUCGCUGUUCCUGCUCUUCCUCGCUCAGAUGACAGCGUCGGGUCUUCACAUCAUCUACACCCAGGAUGAAGUGGACAUUGUGCAGAACCUCAUGUUCUACAUUGAGGGAGCUUACAAAGUGGCUGAUUAUGGGAUGUGGGAAAGAGGAGACAAAACCAAUCAGGGCAUCACUGAGCUUAACGCUAGCUCUAUAGGCAUGGCCAAGGCAGCUCUGGAGGCGUUGGACGAGCUCAACCUGUUUGGAGCUAAAGGCGGACCUGGAUCUGUGGUGCACGCUCUGGCUGAUGACAUACAGCACUGCCAGUCCAUCCUGACCUCCAUGUUACCCAGAGCAUCCAUCUCUAAAGAGGUGGAUGCCGGCGUCCUGGCCAUCAUCACCUAUCCCGCCUUCGCUGUUGAGGACAUCGAAAUAGUCAACAUGACCAAGGAGGAGAUCAUCUCCAAGCUGCAGGGUCGAUACGGCUGCUGCAGGUUCCUCAGAGACGGACACAAAACACCUAAAGAGGAUCCAAACCGUCUGUAUUACGAGUCUGCAGAGCUGAAGCUGUUUGAGAACAUUGAGUGUGAAUGGCCGCUGUUCUGGACUUACCUCAUACUGGACGGCAUUUUCACCAACAGCCCCGAGCAGGUCCAGGAGUACCAGGAGGCUCUGGAGGCAAUCCUGAUCAAGCAGAAAGACGGGAUACGACUGGUUCCAGAGCUCUACAGCGUCCCUCCAGAGAAGGUGGAGGAGGAGUAUAACAACCCUCACUCUGUGGAGAGGAUUCCUAUGGGGAAGCUACCUCUGAAAUGGGGACAGUCUCUGUACGUCCUGGGACACCUUCUGGCCGAGGGUUUUCUCGCCCCCGGAGAGAUCGACCCUCUUAACAGACGUUUCUCCACUAUCCCCAAACCUGAUGUAGUCGUACAAGUGUCGGUUCUGGCCGAGACCGAGGAGAUCAAAGAGCUGCUGCUGAAGAACGGCAUCGAGGUGGAGACUGUGGGCGAUAUCCAUCCGAUCCACGUCCAACCUGCCAGAGUCCUCAGCCACAUCUACGCCAGACUCGGUCGUAACCCGAGGCUCGGCCUGACAGGACGACCCUACAGGACUAUAGGAGUACUGGGGACCUCCAAGUUCUACAUCAUCAGAAACACUGUCUUCUCAUUCACACCUCAGUUCAUCGACCAUCAGCAGUUUUAUUUGGCUUUGGACAAUAAAAUGAUCAUUGAGAUGCUGAGGACAGAAAUCGCCUACCUGGCAUCGAGGUGGAGGAUGACGGGUCGACCCACCGUCACGUUCCCCAUUUCACAGACUAUGCUGAGUGAGGACCAUAAAUCUCUGGACCCUGCAGUCUUGGCUACACUGAAAAAGUUACAGGAUGGAUAUUACGGAGGAGCGAGAAUCCAGACGGGCAAGUUAUCCGAGUUCUUGACCACUUCCUGUGCAGCUCACCUUAGUUUCCUGGACGGUAAGGGUUCUGGCAGCAUGAGCCACAGCGACGCCGAGUAUGAUGAUGAUGAUGAUAAUGAUGAUGAUGAUGAUGAUGAUGGGGGUUACGGCGAUGGAUUCGUGCAUGAGUUACAUUGUGACGAUGAGAUCGACGACCUCGCCCAGUACCUGGACCACCUGUUGGCCCACUCUGCUCCCAAGAAGAAGCCCAAAGAGAAGCUGGGUCCGCUGGGCCGGUUCAGGGCAGCGGCCAUCAGAACCAAGGAGAUGGUGAUGCUGAGGAACAGAGCGCUGGAGCUCAACAUCGACUCUGUUAACAUGUAUCUGCCAAACAAGCUGUUCCGUCCUCAUCAGCCGUCGCUCCACCUAAACGUCCCAGACGCCUCACAGCAAAGUCAGGGUCCGGAGGUGACGGUCACGGCAGAGUGUGCGAUCCCUAAAGACGCCAGUGGAGCCGUGGACUAUCCUGCUCUGGUCCAGCUGCUCAAAGUCACACACAGCCUCCAGGACCAGGCGGACAUCCUCUACAUCCUCUUCAAAGACAAAGGUAAAGACUGGGACACUCAGCUGCACGGUAAAGGCACCACGGUGAAGUCUCUGCUGAGCGAGCUGUACGAGAAGGCCGGAGAGCUCAAACAGUGGGGACUCGUCAGGAUGAUGUCAGGCAUGCUGAAGAAGAAGGUGGAGGAGCUGGACUCGGCGUGCUCUGAUUUGCUGGCUCACCAGAAGCACCUGACGGUCGGUCUUCCUCCUGAACCUCGAGAGCAAACCAUCACAGCUCCGAUUCCUCCGGACCAGCUCGCCGCUCUCAUCGAGAAGGCCAGCGAGAAGAACAUCAGCGUGGCGAUCCUCACUCAGGAGAUCAUGGUGUACCUUGCUAUGAGCAUCAGGACUCAGCCCAACUUGUUCAGUGAGAUGUUCAGACUGAGGAUCGGUCUCAUCAUCCAGGUCAUGGCCACCGAGCUCGCACAGUCGCUCAACUGCUCAGGCGAGGAGGCCACAGAGAGUCUGAUGAAUCUCAGUCCGUCCGAACUGAAGAACCUCCUUCAUCACAUCCUCAGCGGCAAAGAGUUCGGAGUGCAGCGCAGCGUGCGAGAGAAGGACGCCGGCGCCAGUUCCGCCAUCUCCAUCCAUCACCUUGGUAACGUCGGCGCCACCAAGAGCGAGAGAGCCGGCAUCAGUAAACUGAGGAGCGACAUGAAGAUGGCGGAGCACAGGUUAUCCUUGACGGAGCCUUUUAUUUAUAAGGAGUCCAGGCUGUCUUUUUCAGGUCCAGUUAAUGAGAUGGAUCGCAGGGUGUCUUUGCCAGACUCAUUUAAGGGCAUGCAGUCUCAGUCACUGGGCACGGAAAGCAUCGAGCCUGGGAGAUUCAGAAUUCCCUCAAUCGAAUCUCUGGAUAUUCCCGAGCACAGCGCGGUCGUCAAGGAUGCCAGACAGGGCCAGUGGCUGCGCAGGAGGCGUCUGGACGGAGCGUUGAACCGAGUCCCCAUCGGCUUCUACCAGAAAGUCUGGAAGAUCCUGCAGAAGUGUCACGGUCUCUCCAUAGAAGGGUUUGUCCUUCCUGCUUCAACCACCAGAGAGAUGACACCCGGUGAGAUCAAGUUCGCUGUCCACGUUGAGACCGUUUUGAACCGUGUCCCCCAGCCUGAGUACAGGCAGCUGCUGGUGGAAGCCAUCCUGGUCCUCACCAUGCUGGCCGACGUGGAGAUCGAGAGCAUCGGCUCCAUCAUCCACGUGGAGAAGAUCGUCCACAUCGCCAACGACAUGUUCUACAAGGAUCAGAAGGACCUGGGAGCAGAGGACAACAUCCUGGACAAGGACCCGUCCACCGGAGUGUGCAGGCUGCUGUACGACAGCGCCCCCAGUGGCCGCUAUGGGAGCAUGACCUACCUCACCAAAGCCGUGGCGGUGUACGUGCAGGACUUCCUGCCCAGCGAGGCGUGCGCCGUGCAGUGAGAGGAACAUUUUUCCACCUGAAAGUAACAGUGUUUAAAAUGGGAUCUGUUGCAUUUUGUCACUUGUGUGUUUUAGAAACUGAGGAUGUUACAUUUAUAAGUUACGUGUAAAAAAAAAAAAAAAAAAAAUCGUAAAAGUGAUCAAACAUCAUCUCUAACAGCACACUCACAUCAACGUAUGACACAUAAAUAACUCAAGUGUCUUUUAGGAUCUCCACUUAGUACUUAGUGCUUCCAUUGAGCAUUAAUACUGUCUGUCACCAUGGCAACCAUCACACAAACUGUAGCAGCAAUUACCUCAACGUCUACAUCUUGCUGGAGUCAUGUGAUAUUUUUCUUUAAUGUUAAUAAUUCCCAUAAAAAAAAGACAAAAAUCAACCAUAUCUUAAAAACUCCUGUUUGAAUCUUUAAAAAUAGCUCAUAAAUAUGUAGUUAAAGUUUUAAGUGGUUUCUUAGAACAGCUGGGCACUGCAGUUUUUUUAGAAAAUGUUGCUCAAACUACAGGAAACGGCACAUUUGUGUUCGGGGACUAUUUUCAGCUGCGGAUUAAUACACAUUUAAGGCUCUAAUGAGCGUUUCUGGCAGCAGGAUACUCUUUAUAACAGUGUUUAAGACAUAAAUGGAGCGUUAAAGUAAAGAAUAAUAUAAUAUAUAAGGCUUUGGGCACAUAAAAAACAUCCUUAAUUGUUGUUAUUAGUCUUUUAAUGGGAUUUAUUAGUAAUAAGAAAAACACUGAAUAUCAUCAAACUCACCACUUAACAACUUUUUAAAUGUGAAAAGAGUUUCAGCUUUUUAGGUUGUUGUUUUUUGAAGAAUGUAUUAAAUUAAAUCAGUGGACGUUUAAUGUGAUUUUGACUCUAAUAUUCACAUAAAGCACUUCAGUGUGUGCACAGCUAAAUAACCACUGACUAACAUCAUUUAUAUAACAAGUAAUAACAAGUAAUUCUUCUAUUUGAGUCUAAUUUAUAAGCACAUCCUGUCACUUAUACCUCCAAUAUCACGUGCUGUAUGAUGUAUAAAAUAAUAAAACUUAAUAAUAUAUUUAUUUUAUAGUUCUUACAAAAGAGCUCAAUAGAUGUCCGGUGUGUCUUAAAAAAUAAAUAAAACCAUACGUGCCUGUUAACUUAACAUUUGUUGCACUUGUAAAACUAUUAAUUUAUGUGUGAGUGAAACUACAGGAAUGAGUUUUUGCAGUCUAAAAGAGUAAAGAGAGAGUUUUCAGCAUGUAGUGCACUUAAAUAAAGAAUAAAAACCAGUUAUUUGUGAAUGUGUUGCAAUGAUUUGUGAGUCGGCUUCACGAGUGCAAUUCAGAUUUCUGUCCUCUUAAAAAGGGAAAUGCCUCAUUUUACUGGUUUAAUGCAGCACACUGUAAUUUAGUUUGUUUAUUUCAGUUUAAUUACAGUGAAAAAAAACUUAUAGUAAAGUCAGUUUUACAUUAUUUUGGAUGCAAAGUGUGUUAAUGUUUACCUGUUACAUUUUGAGGAUUCACAUGUGUCUGUCGUCUGUUUUAAGUUGUAGAAUUGGUUUAAAUAUAAAGCAACUUAAUUAGAUUUAUAAUAAUUGGGCUGAUAGAUCGGUUACUUUAUGAUAUCUGAAGAUGAAGACACUCCUCUAAAGCUACGAGCGAGAGUCACUUCUUCAUGUUAAUAUUAAAGUUGGAAGAACAGGAAGCAGUGGUUUCUCUGGGUGUUGACUGUUGUUUUAUUUUGUUGUUUUUGAAGCUAAUUGUGUAAUAAAACUGGAAAAAAUGGUAA